GUUUCAAACGAACCUUCCCCCAUCCACCAGCUCCAGAAUCUCCGUCGCCCGCCGCCCAACUCAAAAGUGGAUUCCAAAAUCCUUCGUCCAGCUGCUGACUAGCGCAGUCCCGUCGCUCUCCCACUCCUUUUCCUCCUUAAAUUUCCACACGAAAAAUUCUCGGUGGACAGAAAAAACAAGGCAAAGAUCAGAAGAGAACGCGGAAGUGAUGGCCAUGGAUCCAAGCGUCGCGGCGCGCCAGAGCGAGGAGGCGGCGGAGGCCUUCUUCCGCGCGGCGCCGCCGCUCCGUGACCGCGACCGUCUCGCCGCCAGCCUCGCCGAUUUCCUCGCCCGCCACUCCGCCGGGGGUGGUGGAGUGGUGUGCGUCACCUCCGGCGGCACUACGGUGCCCCUGGAGCAGCGUUGCGUGCGCUACAUCGACAAUUUUAGCUCCGGCCAGCGCGGUGCCGCCUCCACCGAGUAUUUUCUUAAGGCCGGCUACGCUGUCAUCUUCAUCCAUCGCCGUGGGAGCAAGCAGCCUUACUGUAGGUUUCUUCCAGAGGAUUCCUUUCUCGAUCUUUUUGAGCUCGGGGAAGACUCAGAGAUCCAAGUUCCACAGUCUCAUUCAUCGGUGGUCAAGGCAGCAAUUAGCAAUUACCGGAAGGCAAUCGAUGAAUGCCUUCUUCUCAAACUGCCUUUCACAACAAUUUUUGAGUACCUUCAGUUACUACAAAUGGUGGCUACUUCUAUGAAUUGCUUGGGGCACCGUGGAAUGUUUUAUCUUGCUGCUGCAGUUUCCGACUUCUAUGUUCCAUGGGAAAGUAUGGCUAAACAUAAAAUUGAGUCAGCAGGCGGCCCUUUGAACAUGCAACUCAACCAAGUCCCUAAGAUGCUUUUCAUCCUCCGGAAAAACUGGGCUCCUGCUGCAUUUUGUGUAUCCUUCAAGCUCGAAACAGAUCCUAACAUUCUCCUACAGAAGGCAGAGAUGGCUUUGAAGAAGUACGGUAUGAACGUCGUGGUGGCAAAUGAACUCGCAAACUACAAAGAUGUAGUGGUGAUGGUCACAAGCAACGGGGGGAGGACGACCGUGAGCAGGACGAGCAAGGCGGAAGACCUUGAAGUGCAGCUAACCGACCUCCUGGUGAAGAUGCACUCGGAGCACAUUGCACAGCCCAAUUCGUAGGACCAUCGAGCGAGCGAGAUGGUUAAAUCAGGGGAGUAUGGGCGAUUCUACUUCUACUCGCCUAGCAAAUUGUGAUAUACAGAGUUCACCGGGUUUGUCAUAAAGAUGCUCAUCAAUGUGCUGCAGCAGAUUAAUUCAAAAAAAAAAUAUAGCUGAAUAGCUCACACCAGUACAUGCAAGUUUUUGAAAAUAACCUAGGUAAAGCAGGUGAUGUGAUGCCACUGUUCAUGUGGCGAAGCCGCCAGCCUAGCUAUCGAGCUUUUUAACAAAUUUGCCGCUCUCAAGUCAAACUUUUAUGGUGGAAUAGCCUUUUUGAUC